UGCAGCUGAGCCAAGAUGAAGGUCAUUGUUGUCCUUGCACUUUGUGUGACCCUGUUCCACCACGGAUACAGCAACAGCCUGGACUCGUGUCAGGGCCGCUGUGGUUAUGGAACAGACAAUAACUUCUCCUGUCAGUGUAACCCGUCCUGUGAGCGCUACGGAGACUGUUGUUCUGACUACGUAGAAACAUGCAAAGCUGGAGCCACGUCUUGUAAAGGCAGAUGUGGUGAGAAAUACAACUCUCAGAACGAGUGCCACUGCAACUCCAAGUGCGCGCAGUACAAAAACUGCUGCAGCGACUACGCAGACCUCUGUGAUGGUGACGCAGGUGGUGGUGGAAGUGGUGUGAUCACUGAUGCUGAGAUCAAGGCUAUCUCUGAGACGCUUUUUGUUCUGGACUCAAACAAGGCCUCAGCCUCAGAGUUGAUCAUUGACCCUCAGGUUCUGGUGCCCGACUCCGAGACCAGCGCCAAGGACGACCUUGCGUCUAAACCUUUGUUCCGAUUCGUGAAUGAGGAGGCUCUGUUCUCCAGACCCACCUAUGCUGCUUUCCUCGCCGUGCUGGACAACUACAACAGGAUGACUGGAACGGCGGAGGACUUCAGUCCUCAGCAGCUCGCUGAGCAGGAAGCCUUCGUCAAGGAGACCAUGUCCAACACUGAGCUGGGCAGAGAGCUGUUUGCUUUCUUCUACACCAAGGGCGUCUAUGCAUCAGAGGAAGAUUUCCUUUAUGACCUGAAGAUGAUGUGGUUCGGUCUGUACUCCCGCAACAACAACAAGAUGGACUCCAGCGGCUUUGAGCACAUCUUUGCAGGAGAGAUCAAGGGAGGGAAGGUGUCUGGUUUCCACAACUGGAUCCAGUUUUAUCUUCUGGAGAAAAGAGGAAAGCUGAACUAUUACAGCCACAGCUUCAAUGGGCCUUGGGUGAGCUAUCCUGAUGUCAUGGGGAUGCAGUUCAUGUGGGAGGGCUACUACAAGCAGGUUGGAUCUGCAGUCAUCGGCUGCAGCCCUGAAUUUGACUUUGCCCUAUACAGCCUCUGCUACAUCACUCGCCCUGGAAAACAGUGUCGUCUGAGCCUGGGAGGAAAGGAGCUCAUAAUCCAAACUUACACCUGGGACAAAACCCUCUACGGCGAUGGGAAGAAGUUCAUCGGAUCUGCUUUUCCUGCAACCCCCAGGAACUGAAGCCGUCCACCGCUGAAUGAGAAGCAACUCACGGAGGAGUCUGCUUGUGUGUCAUUACACUGUAAAUGCUUUGAAUAAUAACAUUUCCAAUGGAAGCCCUUUUAUCAGUGAGAGGCAUUCAUAAAUUCAAUUAAACUUUUCAGUUUAAAAGUUUGAAGAUAUGUGGUGUUAUAUCGC